GAGCUCUUUCGACUGGGAUCGGCCCGCGCCCGCGCAGCCGACGAGCAGAUCCGGGACAUGUCUCUACUCGAUGGCCUCUGGAAGAAGAGCCUGGCAUCCACAGCCGCAGCAUCCAACAAGCAGUUGUCCGACUUCGUGCAGACGCAGCCACGCUCUUGGCCAAUCUGCAUUUGGUGCCGGAGUGCAACUACUGGAAGGGCCUUCUGGAGGUCCAGCUCGGAGCCUUCAGCGGGACUGGGCUCUCUACAGCCAUUACAAGCGCUGCCAGGUACCGCCUGGCGGAUGCCGGUUUUCAGGAGAUCAACGAGACGACUGUCAGUGAGUGCCACUUCAGCAUAGCGGGUGGGCAAGGGCCGGUGAUGGCCGGCAAGGAUGGGAGGAAGCGCUAUGACAGGGACCCGGUUUACCGAGCGCUCUUCGAGCGUAUCGGUCGGCUCUUCGCCGAGCAGCUUCGCUUGGAUCUAGUGGCCAUGCAGCGAGGUCAGCGGCUCAGCCUCUGUGCAAAAUGGUGUCCGCUGCUCUACCAUUCCUUCGAUCGCCGGACCCUGAUUUGUGAAAGCAUCGCCCGCUGGCUCUUUCCUGCAAACUUGCCGCAGUUUGCGGGCUGCACUGAGCGGCAGUAUGCCUAUAGGGCCCGAGACGAUCUGCGGAAGCAGCUCUCUCAGCUGGGUGAGUACAUGAAGCUGCCGGAGCGGCUGAUGUGCCAACAGCGCUGGGCAGAGAUCUGCUACAAGGAGCUGCCCGCGUUUUGCCUCACAAAGCAUGCCAAGAGCUUUGAGAAGCACGACGCUGCCCGCUUCCGCGAGUUCAUGGACAAGGUCAAGUGUUGCAAAGUUCGGGUGAACACUGGUGCUCUGCAGCCACAUGAGAUCCUGAAGCGAGCGUCAGGCCUCGGUACGGAGUCUGAGAAGGCUUUAGCACAGGGACAGUGGCUCGCCAUGGUGGAGCGCAUCCGUAAAGCUGGUGAGCUACACGACUGUAUUGCUGUUUGCGACGUAUCCGGCUCCAUGUCUUGCGAAGCUGCUCCUGGCGUGAGCUGCAUGGAUGUGGCCAUUGCUAUGUCCCUGUUGGUUGCGGAGCUUGCUUCCGGAUCCCUGGCCCGUCAGAUCAUUACUUUCCAUGAACAGCCAUCCAUGGUGACAUUGCCGGACACAUCGGACCUCGCCAAGCUGGCAAAGUUUGUGAGGCGGUUGAAGUGGGGUGGGAGGACCAACUUCCACAAAGUCUUCGAGCUGCUGUUGCACAAAGAGGCAUUGCCCAGGAAGAUCCUCGUGUUCUCUGACAUGCAAUUUCGGCAUGCCGGCGGCAACACCACUGUCUUGCAGCAGAUCCAGGCGAAUUAUGCCAGCGCAGGCCGGACUAUGCCCGAGCUGGUUUUCUGGAAUCUGAGGGCAGCUUCUGGUGCGCCGGCAUUAGCCACGAAUGCAGGCGUCGUGCUGAUAUCUGGCUUCUCGUCCCGCAUGCUGAAGAUCGUCAUGGAGUCUGGGCGUGACCCGCUGGCAGCCCUUCUCCAGGCACUGAAGAACCCACUCUGUGCCAAGGUGCGGGUCAUCCAGGACGCUGCUGAGGCGAAGGCGCUUAUGGCUGGCCCAGAGCAAACAGCGCACCCCUUUGUUGUCGAAGAGGCCUCAGAUGUUCAGCCAGGACAGGCUGUGGAGAAGCAUGCGCCUGUUUCGCCCAAGAAGCAGCGGAGUGCCCGGAGGGUUGUUACAGCUCAGCUGGCGGAGCUGCCGUGCCGCGCUGCUGAGGCGGCACUUAUUGGCAAGGAGGGCCGAAGGAUCCAGCAGCUGAGGCAGGCGCUGCAUGACCGCCUUUGUCAACAGCUGGUUGCCGGCCUCUUCCGCUUCUGGCUCGACGUGCGUGGCUACAGCUUGCUAGCAGUGGAGGCAGCGGAGACUAACUUUGGGGAGCAACAGCUUCACGAUGCUCUUUCUCAGCUGAAGUCUCACGUUCCACGCAGUGUGUUCUUCAACAAGGAUGAUCGUAGAGAAGCGGCACGCCGAGGUGCCAAGUUCGCAGUGGCCAAGAGGGCGCAAGUCCUGGAGGUGGCGCGGGCGCAGAAGCAGCGAGCGCUAUUCAAGUUCCGGAGGGCCAUCCAAGAGAGGGCCGCCCAAGCGAAUGCGAGGUCCAAAGCAAACAUGGCGUCGAUGAAGAAGCAGAUGACCAGGACCCACAAGUUCUUUGCCGACAGCUGCUUUGACUUCUAG